AAAGUUUCGAGGAGCACGGGCCACCACCACCGCGACCCACAAGCUAGGCGACGACAAAUUUCUCUGGGGUUGUUGCUCUGCCAGGCCUUGUUGAAAAGUCGACGCCCGCCCACCGACCUUCUCCGCGACCACCAUCCGUCAAUCACCAACGAGGUAUGUAUAUUCAUCCCGCUCUCGGGACAUGACUCAACAGCAGGACGACGCCUUUCGCACAGGCUGAGGAGGGCAAUCAUGGAGGCCCGUGUUGGUAAAACGCGGGUCGACGACAUGAUACGCUCCUCCUCGUCAGCAGCUGGCGGGCAGAACCCUCUUGAAGAAUCAUCAACGAGGGCACUCUUCCACGCAGUCGAGCCUCGACCGAAAGGCUAACACAAACCUCGAACCUCUGGCAGAUACCUCAUUUCCACAUCUCCGAUUUGAGAAUCUCCGUCUCCUCAACACCGCCAAAAUGGUCCGCACUUCCGUCCUCCACGAUGCCCUCAACAGCAUCAACAACGCCGAGAAGGCCGGCAAGCGCCAGGUCUUGAUCCGCCCUUCCUCCAAGGUCAUCGUCAAGUUCCUCCGGGUCAUGCAGAAGCACGGCUACAUUGGCGAGUUCGAGGAGAUCGAUGACCACCGCUCCGGCAAGAUCGUUGUCCAGCUUAACGGCCGCCUCAACAAGUGCGGUGUCAUCUCCCCCCGUUACAACGUCCGCCUCUCUGAGCUCGAGAAGUGGGUUGUCAAGCUCCUUCCCGCCCGUCAGUUCGGCUACGUCAUCCUCACCACCUCGGCCGGUAUCAUGGACCAGGAGGAGGCCCGUCGCCGCCACGUCUCUGGCAAGAUCAUUGGCUUCUUCUACUAG